AUGGAGUCCACGACUGAGGAUGAGAAAUGUCGGCGAAACUCAUGGCCCCAGGAACUUCCCGCAGACCAGGUCUGCGACGAGGCUGCCAUCCUUCGCGAUCAGGAUGCGAAGCAAAUCCUGCCCUAUGAGGCGGAGGAUUCGCCCUACCCUGAGGUGCGCGCCGUCGUCCAGCCGGUCAAUGAUAUUACGCAACCGGUAAACACCGUCCGCAUGUGGACGAUUGGCCUUGUGUUCACUAUUGUCGGGAGCGGAUUGAACCAGUUCUUCAGCUUGCGCCAGCCGAGUGUCACCAUCAGCGCUCUGGUAGCGCAGCUAUUGGCAUUUCCCGUCGGGCGAGCAUGGGGCAAAUGGAUGCCUCUCGGUAUCCUGAACCCCGACCGACACUUCAACAUCAAGGAGCAUGCGCUGAUCACCAUCAUGGCUAAUGUCGCCUUUGGCUCCGCCGCUGCCACCCAGGUCAUUGAGGCAGUUGUCAAAUUCUACGGUAUGCCAUCCCAAGGAGGAUUUGAGGUUCUUCUCUGUAUCACCACGCAGCUGCUCGGGUUUGGCAUCGCUGGCAUGGCUGCUCGCUGGUUGGUCAGCCCGGCGUCAAUGAUCUGGCCCGGGGUGCUGUCGAAUGCGGCACUCCUGGCGACGCUACAUUCUCGUACAAACCCGGUCGCUGACGGCUGGCGGAUCUCCCGUCUUCGAUUUUUUCUCUUCGUCUUCAUUGGCGGCUCUAUCUGGUACUUUGUGCCAGGGUAUCUCUUCACUGGCCUGAGUACGUUCAGUUUCAUCUGCUGGAUUGUGCCAUCCAACGUCGUGGUGAAUCAAUUAUUUGGACAGACCACGGGACUGGGCAUGUCGAUGUUGACCUUCGACUGGGCGCAGGUCGUUUACGCCAACCAAAGCCCACUUCUAGUUCCCUUUUGGGCCGGCCUCAAUGUAAUGGGGUCUUUUGCACUCUUCUUCUGGCUCAUUUGCCCCAUCAUUUACUACACCAACACUUGGUAUUCAGCAUACCUACCGCUCCUUAAUUCCAAUACUUUCGACAACAUGGGGAACAGCUAUGACACCAGCCGCAUCCUGACUCCCGCUGGCACAGUCAACCAGACAGCAUAUCGGGACUAUUCGCCUAUGUUUCUGCCGGCCGGGUAUGCCGUCACAUACGGCGUCGCCUUCGCCAACCUGACGGGGAUCUUUGUGCACGUCAGUCUAUAUCAUGGUGGGGAUAUAUGGCGGCAGUGGAAGGGCACUAACAAGCCAGACGUUCACUCGCGACUCAUGUCUGUAUAUCAGGGCGUGCCGUGGUGGUGGUUUGGGGCAGUCACAGGGUUAAUGUUCUUGCUGAGCAUUGUAACCAACGAAGUGUGGCAUACCGGUCUUCCUGUGUGGGCUGUGCUGCUGGCUUUUGUGCUUCCCAUCAUUUAUUUUGUCCCGGUGGGCAUUAUCAAAGCAGUCACCAACAUCAGCAGCAAUCAACUUAACUUGCUCACCGAGUUUAUCGGUGGGUAUGCCUUUCUCGGAAGACCAAUGGCCAACAUGACAUUCAAAUUCUAUGGCUAUGUCGCCAUCUCCCAAGGCCUAGAAUUCGUCUCGGAUAUGAAGCUGGCUCAUUAUAUGCAUAUUGCACCCCGUACGUUAUUUUUUGCCCAGGGAAUCGCUACGCUCGUUGGAGCCGUUGUCCAAUGUGGGGUGACCGUUUUUAUGGUCACCCGUAUCAACGGCGUCUGUACAUCGGACGCAGAGGGCAAUUUUACCUGUCCCCAUGGGCGGGUGACAUAUUCAUCCUCUCUCAUCUGGGGCGCUAUCGGCCCCAGUCGACUAUUCUCCCCCGGGCAGAUUUAUAGCAAUCUGCUGUGGUUCUUUCUCGCGGGGCCUGUUGUGGUUGUGAUUACCUAUCUCCUAGGCCGAAAAUGGAAAGUAGUUAAUUACCUGUCCUGGCCCGUCGCGUUUGGUGCCAUGAGUCUUGUUCCUCCGGCCACCGGUGUGAGUUUCUCAUCGUGGUGGGUGAUCAAUGUGAUCUUCAACGGCGUGCUGCGCUGGCGGAAGACCGCUUGGUGGUCGAAAUAUAACUACGUGCUGUCUGCCGCGCUGGACUGCGGCGUCGCAGUGGCUACCGUCAUCAUCUUCUUCUGCAUUACGCUCCCGGCCGGUUCUCUUAACUGGUGGGGUAAUGUCGUCUCCACCAAGACGGCCGAUGGGCAAGGUACGCCCUACCAGAGCAUUCCGCCGCGUGGCUAUUUUGGACCCCCAAAGGGCUCAUGGCAUUAG